GAUCGUCCAUGGCGAUGACACACAAUCAAUGCACCACAUGCAAUGGCGAGAUCAAUGAUUCAGCAAUGCAUCUUAACAACUCGGCAGUAGCGCCUUCCUCUUGAGGCUAGUCGCGCCUACUCUCGGCCGGGGUCCAGCAUCAAACACGCCCUGCGUAGACUCACUGUUCCACUCCGCACAUAUCUGCUCAAUGCCGCCACCACGCUUACUCUCGCUCGCUCGCCUAUCCACAAACCCCCGCCGAACCGCUGAACGGAACUCCGCUGCGUUCGUCGCCCGCCCCACCACCCCACACGGCCGGCAGCUUCACACCUCGCCAGCACGCCUCGUCAUGUCCGAAUUCGCCCAGUACACAGCGAAGAGCAAGGCUCCCGCGACAAAUGGCGACAAGCCAAUUGGCAGCGCUUGGGGCAACAAGCGCAACCCAGCUGCCUUUGACUUCCGCUCCGACGUGCACACCACACCGACACUCUCCAUGCUAGAGGCGAUCCAAGAAUGCUCCCUUCUUGAUGAUGUGUCCAUGGAGGAUCCCACUACGCUCGGUCUGGAGAAGUUCAUCGCCGAGCUGACCGGCAAGGAAGACGCUCUCCUCGUCCUGUCUGGCAGCAUGGGCAAUCAGGUUGCCCUGCGCUCCCAUCUGCUCGCGCCGCCCCAAGCCAUUGUCUGCGAUCGCCGCUCCCAUAUCAUUCAGUACGAAGCCGGUGGUGUUGCGUCGCUAUCGCAGGCUCUCACCCAGCCCAUCGACGCAAAGAACGGCAAAUACAUCACCCUCGAGGAAGUACAGAAGUACGCCGUCAUCAGCGACGACGUGCACGCCUGCCCAACUCGCGUCAUCUCUCUCGAAAACACGCUCAACGGAGCCAUUAUGCCCCUAUCCGAAGUCCGCCGCAUCGCCGCCUGGGGUCGCGAGAACGACAUCAUAAUGCACAUGGACGGCGCGCGACUGUGGGAAGCUGUGGCAGCAGGCGCAGGCACAUUGAAGGAGUUCUGUGCUGAAAUGGACAGCCUGUCGCUGUGCUUCAGCAAAGGCCUCGGUGCGCCAAUCGGCAGCAUAAUUGUUGGCACAAAAGCGUUCAUUAAGCGCAGUCGCUGGGUCAGGAAGACCAUUGGCGGUGGCCUGCGCCAGGCCGGCGUGGUCGCCGCGCCAGCGCGUGUCGCAGUUGAGGAAACCUUCCUCGGCGGCAAACUCACAGAGUCCCACGAGAAGGCCAAACGGAUACAGAAGCUCUGGACCGACCUUGGCGGCAAACUCGACUACCCCGUGGACACGAACAUGGUGUGGCUGAACCUCGAAGGGCAUGAUAUCGAUCUGAAUCACUUCAUCGAGACGGCUGAAAAGUACGGGGUCCGCACCAGGGGCGGGCGUUUCGUGGUCCACUACCAAAUCAGCGAAGAGUGCAUCGACGCAUGUCGCAAGCUCUUCGCCGAUGUGCUCACUGGUAAGGAGGGCGAGGGCAAGAAGGCACAGGCACCACAUGAUCCAGAGGAGCUGAAGAUGAAGGGUCAGGUAGAUAUCGACUGCAGUGCAUGAUGCAUGGUCAGGAUAGAGGAUCAAAUAGAGGCUAAAAAAUUAGGUACCGUGUGAUUUGACAUGAGCAGUAUCAACGC